AAAGUUGACUUCUGGGAUCAAACCCCAGGAAAAGAUGGCGGCGACCAAGUGCUGGAGGUUUGUGCUCCGUAGUCCAGGGCUGUCAUUGCACACCGCGGCCGAGGCCGCCGUCACGGCUCCAGAAGUGACCGGCUCAGAUGUCAAGGCGGUCGCAGUCGCGCGCUACCCGCCGAUCGUGGCUUCCCUAACUGCCGACAGCAAGGCGGCACGGCAGCGGCGAGUGGAGCGAUGGCAGGCCACAGUGCACGCGGCCAAGUCGGUGGACGAGAAGCUGCGAAUUCUUACCAAGAUGCAGUUCAUGAAAUACGUAGUUUACCCACAGACCUUCGCCCUGAACGCUGACCGCUGGUACCAGAGCUUCACUAAGACCGUGUUCCUGUCGGGGCUACCGCCGCCGCCUGCCCAGCCAGAUCCGGGGCCCGCGCAGGUUCUGGACCUCACUGCCCUUCGCGCCGCCGCCUGUGACUGCCUCUUGCAGGAGCACCUCUUUCUGCGGCGCAAGAAGCGUGCGCCCAUCUACCAGGAACGCUACACCGUCGCCUCAUCCUUCUUGAACCAACUGGUAGCUUCCCUCACCGGCUUGCUCAGCGCUUACAAUCCGGUCCUGGCUGCCGCCGCCCUCGAUUGUAACCGCCCAGUUCACUUCUACUGGUUGCGAGGUGAAGAAAUUAUUCCUAGUGGUCAUCGGAAAGGUCGAGUUGAUGCUGUGCGAUACCAAAUAAAUGAUAAACCCCACAACCAGAUUCGAAUAUCCAGACAACUCCCUGAGUUUGUGCCACUGGAUUAUUCUGUACCUGUAGAAGUCCCUGUUAAGAAUUGUAAGCCAGACAAACUCCCAUUAUUCAAACGGCAAUAUGAAAAUGCCAUCUUUAUUGGCACAAAGACAGCAGAUCCACUCUGUUAUGGACAUACCCAGUUUCAUCUACUACCUGACAAAUUAAAAAGGGAACGGCUUUUGAAACAAAACUGUGCUGAUCAGAUAGAAGUCAUUUUUAGAGCUAAUGCUAUUGCAAGCCUUUUUGCUUGGACUGGAGCACAGGCUAUGUAUCAAGGAUUCUGGAGUGAAGCAGACGUUACUCGACCUUUUGUCUCCCAGGGUGUGAUCACAGAUGGAAAAUACUUCUCUUUUUUCUGUUACCAGUUAAACACUUUAGCACUAACUGCGCAAGCUGAUCAAGACAACCCUCGUAAAAAUAUAUGUUGGGGAACACAAAGUAAGCCUCUUUAUGAAACAAUCGAAGAUAAUGAUGUCAAAGGUUUUAAUGAUGACGUUUUACUUCAGUUGGUUCACUUUUUACUAAAUAGACCAGAAGAAGAGAAAGCACAGCUGUUGGAAAAUUAAGAAAAAACAUUUGCUUUGGGACUCUGGGAAUACUGAAAUUUCACUGAAGGAACAGUAAAAGGAAUUUUGGUAAUGAGACUUCUGUCAGAUAUUAAAUACAUAGAUUUUGAGACAAAUGUUUCUUUAUGUUAACCUGUGAUUAGACCUUUCAUUCUGCUCAAAAUACAAAACUAAGAGAUUUAAUUUUAGAUACAAGUAUGUUGAUUAAAAUAAUUUCAUUCAUCUGUGACUAACUGAUGAGACCAAUUGAAUAAUCUUCAGUACUUGA